AUGCCGGGCCUACCGCGACUGCCCCUUGUGGGAAGUCUUCCUUGGCUGGGGGGAGGCGCCCCCCCUCACUUGCUCUUCACGCACUUGGGCCGCAGGUACGGGCCCCUGUUCGAGCUCUACCUCGGGCCACAUCGCACGGUGGUUGUCAACGACCACGUCCACGCCAGAGAAGUUCUCCUGCGAAGAGGUCGGGAUUUCGCCGGACGCCCCAGCACGGUGACCACCGAUCUGCUAACAAGAGGCGGGAAAGACAUCGCCUUCGCCGACUUCUCGCCUCUGUGGAAGCUGCACCGCCGCCUGGUGCACGCUUCCUUUGCUCUGUUCGGAGAAGGGAGCGACCGCUUGUGGGACAUCGUUCUGUCCGAGGCGGACGGUCUAUGCGCCGAACUCCUGUCCGGCGAGGCCCGCGGCUUCGACCCGUCGCUCGCGGUGACCGCGGCCGUCACCAACGUCGUGUGCACGCUCGUGUUCGGCACCGCCUACAAACGCGGGGACGGGGAGCUGGAAGAGGUGAUGCGCUAUAACCACGGUAUCGUGCGCACCAUCGCGAGGGGAGGACUGGUCGACAUCUUCUCCUGGAUGAAGGUAUUCCCGAACGCGUCGCUGGACGAGCUGAAAGCGUGCAUCGCAGUGCGAGACCGCCUUCUCACGCGAAAGCUGCGGGAACACAAGUCUCGUCGUCAGGCGUCGCCGAGCGACGCCGACCCCAGAGAUCUCCUGGACGCUUUGCUGAAGGGUCAGAGUUCACCCGGGCCCGACGGCGAGGUCAUCACGGACGACCACGUGUUGAUGACGGCGGCGGAGGCCUUCGGCGCCGGCGUGGAGACCACGUCCACCACGCUGCUCUGGAUCCUGGCCUACUUUUUACAUCACCCUGAGGUCCAAAAGCGCGCACAGGAGGAACUGGACCGAGAGGUGGGCGAUCGGGCGGUACGCGCGGCGGACCGCGUGCGGCUCCCGUAUCUGGACGCCGUCAUCAAUGAGGGAAUGCGGAUCCGGCCGGUCAGCCCGGUACUGAUCCCGCACGUCGCCACGACUGACAGCAGCAUCGGCCGUCACGCCGUCCGACGCGGGACUCGGGUGUUGGUCAACAUGUGGGCUAUCCAUCACCACCCCGACCACUGGGACCGACCGGACUCGUUCGUGCCAGAUCGUUUCCUCGAUGACCGGGGUCGCCGGGUCACGCCCUCCUGCUUCCUGCCUUUCGGGGCGGGGCCUCGCAUCUGCGUGGGCGAAUCGCUAGCCAGGACGGAGCUGUUUCUAUUCCUGUCCUCCUUGCUCCAGCGAAUGAGCUUUACGCCGCCGCUCGGGGAUUCGCCGCCCGACCUGCGGGGACGUCUCGGCGUGGUCUUGCAGCCGCUACCUUACAAAAUCGCCGUCACGCCGCGGUCCGGGUGGGACCUCGGCGCUCCGGCUAGCGUGAAUGAGAAACCGCUAUGA